AUGAUGGCGGAGGAUGAGGAACCCCAAAUUGUGACUCGUUCAAGUGAUGAAAAAGGCUCAUUUUUUGUUUGUGAGUCUAUUAGCGACACUAAUGUUAACAAAGGAAAUCGUAGAGUUGUGAGGGUGAUAGAUAGUGUACCAACAAGGGUGUGGAAUUCAAUCAAGGAUAUGGGUGUCGAUGGAGAUGAAGAUGAUGAAUUUUUCGAGAGUAUAAUACGUUAUAUGGAAGCUAGGGAGCGGAAGAACAAGGAAGAAGUAAGGGAGAACAACACAAUGAUUCCAUGA